ACUGUGGCAACUGGGGAUGGAAGCUGAAGAUAUGCGAUGCACAGAAAAACGGGAAAUGGAAAUGGAGCCCUGCCACGGGACAAGGAAAUAACAGAAGACAUCUAAAUAAUCCGUCAUGCUUUGAUACUCCAAAUGAUUGUCAUUUUUGGAGAUAAAUAGUAUCUAAAAACGGGUCUUGGGUUGAUCUGAGAACUGGGGGGGAGCGGGAGGGGUCGAUCAUGGGGAACGAAGCGAGCCUGGAAGGAGGCGAAGGGCCGCUAUCUGGUCUACCUGAAGGGCUGGCACCUGACGGGAAGGGCGGCUUCGUCCGGGUCUCCGACGGUUCUCCGGUCAACCUGAGCGAGGAUGAGAAGAGGCAGCUGGCAGCGGCGAUGUCAAGGGCGCAGGGCAGGCAACCUGGAGCUCCAGCAGCUGCACGAAGACCUUCAGAAUCUGAUGCUCAGCAACACGUAGGAGCCUUAAGGGGCCCAUCAGGUUUAAGUAAAAGUCGAACUGUAGAUGCCUUCAACCAGGGUCCUCCUGGCAAACCCAAACCGGGCCGCAGCCCUUCUUCACUGAGCCUCUUUGAAUCCAGAUUCCGGCAGGAGCCAAAAGGCCAAGAGACAAAAUCAUCCGGCAUGUUUGGCUCCAGCUUCCUCAGUGGGGCAAAUCCCCUCAGUGCUAUGACGUCCUCCAUCUCGUCCAUGGGGGACUCUGUCAACAUUCCCAAGUUUGGACUGUUUGGGGAUGAGGAGGAGGGUGAAGCAUUGGCCAAAGCAGAGAACAAGCAGGGAGGGAAGCCAGCAGGGAAGGGCCCCCAGCAGGGCCCAGGACCAAAGGCACCACAGCAAGGUGUACCCCCAAAACAGCCAGGACAAGUCCCUCCUGGGCAGGGGCCAAAGCCAGGCCAAGGCCCUCCUGGGCAGGGGCCAAAGCCAGGCCAGGGUCCUCCGGGCAGGGGCCAAAGCCAGGCCANUCCUCCUGGGCAGGGGCCAAAGCCAGGCCAAGGCCCUCCUGGGCAGGGGCCAAAGCCAGGUCAGGGCCUCCCUAGUCAAGGACCUGGACAAGGGACACCUAAUCAAGGACCCAAGGCAAUUUCUUCAGGGCAAGGACCACCUAAUCAGGGUCCAAAAUCCAGUCAAGGUCCUCCUGGCCAAGGACCAAGACCUGCAGGCCAGGCGCAGCAGGUACCCAGACCAGAUCAUAGUGGACCUGGCCAGACUAGAGGUGGUCCACCACAACAAGGACCUGGAAAGCCUGUGUCAAAACUGCAAGGACAGCAAGGCCCCAUGCCAGCCAAGGAUACUGGGCCCCCCAGUCAACAGAUAGCUGGAAAGCCUGCAAGUGGACUCUGCCUGCUGUGUAAAACGACCCAGCUCAACACUGGAUCUAAGGAGCCACCCAAUUACAAUACCUGCACUGAGUGCAAGAACCAGGUCUGCAGCCUGUGUGGCUUCAGCCCGCCCGACUCAGGGGGCAAAGAGUGGCUUUGUCUGAAUUGUCAAAUGCAGCGAGCAAUGGUAGGAAUGGAUCCCCCUGGCAUGUCGAAGCCUAUGCAAGGCUCUGGCCCCCCCUCGCCUCAGAGACAGGCACCUGGCAAGCCUGGGAAGCUGCUGAUAAAGCAGCAGAGCACCUCUGACCAAGGGUUAACACCACCAACAACACCAAGGCAGAAAUCCCCAGGUCCUUCAUCUCCAGGACCCCUUUCUCCAGGCUCUUCAUUAUCAGGAUCACCCAAAAUUGACCCCAAGACAGGGCGCCCCAUUCAGCAGAAGUCCAGUCCUCAGCAGUCUCCUGCUAAAGCUAAACAGGAAUCAAGCUUCUUUGGGGGUCUGGGAGGUAUCAGUUUAGGAGGGCUCACAGAUUCAGCUAAACCCCCUUCAUCUGCUGCACAAGCUGCGGAGUCUGUUACAGGGAAACUGUUCAGUGGGUUUGGCGGAUUGAUGGAGUCAUCGAAGCCUCCUACAAAGGCUGCACCAAAACAAGAUGAAUCUGUGGCUGGAAAGCUGUUCGGGGGGUUAGGGGGCCUGACGGAGUCGACUAAACCUCCUGCUACUGCAUCUCAAAUGUUCAGUUUUGGCUCAUCGCUUCUUAGCUCAGCAAGCACUCUUGUCUCUGGAGAGGAAACCAAAGCACCAGAGUCUCCACCUGGGUCACCGGAUUCGGGACCAGGUUCUCCUCCAGAUUCUGAUCCUGGUUCACCUCCGGACUCUCCCUUCUCUGCCCCUGGUUCUCCUCCAGAUUCUGGCUCUGCCCCUGACACCCCUCCUGCCAGGUCCAAAAAGCCAUCCAGACACACCUCUGUGGAGCAGGAAGAGAAACCUUCUGCAGCUGAAUCUGCUCAGGCUCAAACCUCAGUUGCCAAGGAAAGCUGCCCUCUCUGUAAGCUGGAGCUGAAUGUUGGAUCAUCUGAUGCCCCCAACUACAGUCUGUGCACUGAGUGCAAGAAGAAAGUGUGCAAUCUAUGUGGGUUCAAUCCUAAUCCUCAUUUAGGAGAGAAGGAAUGGCUUUGCCUGAACUGUCAGACCCGAAAAGCAAUGUCAGGCCAGCUGGGAGAUGUCGAACCACCUGUUUCCUCACCAAAGAAGCAAGAGCCUGCUCCACCCUCUGUCCCGUCUUCUACCCCUGUUCCUGUUGCUGUAGAUAGCAAACCUGUAGCUGAACCUCUAGAUCCAACCCCAAAUGCUUCUGAGAUCAAGAUUAAAACAGUGGAGACCUUGAAAGAGCUUGAAAUAAAAGAAGAGGAGGCUAAAGAAAGCAGCCCUAUGAGCCCCUCAGACCUAGCAAGACUAGAAAGCUCUGUACUUCCAAUUCUGAAGGCCCCAGUGGGCACAGAGGAGGAGGAGAAACAGACCGACACGCUAAAGAUCAGACGCAAACUAGAGGUUCUUCCUCUCUCAUCUGAUUCUCCAAGCUCUGAAGAGGACAAAGAACUCUCAGAGAAGAUCGUCAAAGGUACUGCAAAGAAAAAGCUUCUUGUGGCGAUGGAUGUCAAGGCAGACUCCAUGGAUGAAAGCAGCGAAAGUUUCGGAAAGGACAGCCCAAUGUCUGGAGAUGAGGAGGAUUUUAUCAGAAAACAGAUAAUAGAAAUGAGUGAAAAUGAGGAUGCCUCUCCAUCGGAUGAAGAAAGCUUAGUCAGACAAAAGAUCAGAGAGGAGGACAAGAAACAAAAGGAAAUAAACAAAACUGAGAGUGUAGAGAAACGCAUGUCAGGAAAAGCAAGACGAUUAACUAAGAAAACUGCUAUUAGUCCUGAAUAUGAGGAUGUUAAGGAAAUCACGUCCAUGUUAGAUAAAUCUGAAGAGAAUGGACAAGAGCAACAAGAGGAAUUUCAGAACAAUGCUUCAGUUUGCAAAUUAAAAACAUUUGAGCUGAAUGUAACCAGUGGCCCUAUAUGUAUACCAGGUGGAGAUGGAGAGCCUGAAAUGGAAAGUCUGACAGACUCCCCUGAUGACCGGUCCAGGGGUGAGGGGUCAUCUAGUCUACAUGCAUCUAGCUUCACUCCUGGAACAUCACCAACAUCUCUUUCAUCUCUGGAUGAGGACAGUGAUAGCAGCAGCCCAAGUCAUGUCCGUACAGGUGAAGGUAAACAACACAGAAAAGCCAAGCACAGACAGACUGGGCAAAUGCUGCCAACUAUUGAAGACUCAUCAGAGGAGGAAGAGUUACGGGAGGAGGAAGAACUGCUCAGGGAGCAAGAAAAACAAAAGGGUUCAGGAAAAAAGUCCAAAAAAGACAAAGAUGAGAUUCGAGCCCAAAGAAGGCGAGAGCAUACAAAGACACCACCGAGCAAUCUUUCUCCAAUUGAAGAUGCCUCACCAACUGAAGAGCAGAGACAGGAAGCUGAAAUGGAAGAAAUCAGACGGUCUUCCUGCUCUGAUUUUUCUCCCAGCAUGGAAUCAGAUCCUGAAGGGUUUGAAAUCCAUGCUUCAAAGAUUGCAGCAGUCCAAAAAACAUAUCAGCUGCCUAUAUCAGUAUCUCUUCACUCUCCAACUGAUGAUCAAAACACUGAUAAAAUGCAGAAGAAAGCUCUCAAAUCUGCUGAUGAAGCAUAUGAAGAAAUCAUGCUAAGGGCUAAAUCUCCAACAGUUGAUAAAGGUGAAAUUCAGUCAGAGAAGGAAUCUCUUUAUGGAGGCAGGCUUAUUGAAGACUAUGUCUACCCAUCUCUUCUGGACAAUUCUUUUGAUCGAGAAGAGCAAGAGAAAAUUUCUGUUCCUACUGAACCCAAAAAACUAAGAUCUCCUGAUGAAGUUUAUGAGGACAUGAUUAAAAAAAGAAAGGAAUUCAUGCAACUAGAGCAAGAAUAUGAAAACAUAAAGCCAAAAACUGAAACCUCUAAUCCAAAAAUUGUGCUGCAACCUGCUGAAAAUACUAUCCCCCAAAGUGGUACAAUAACAUUAGGAAAAGAUGGGAAGCCAUUGUUAGAUGCUGAAACUCUCUAUGAAGAGCUAAUGAAAAGAGUUCUAACACCAGGUACAAGCCCAACUCAGCCUGAGCCAAAUGAGGAAACUACUUCAUCAAAAAAGAUCCUUCACCCUAUUCCAGACUUAAAGGUAACACAGUGCUCCUCUGGAGAGUUGUCCUCUGAUGAUGAAAGUACAGUUAAAAAGGAACAGGAGGUAACAGAAAAAUCAGAUAUGACAUCAGCUAAGGACCCUGAGCCUGUUAAAGAGGUAUCUGAGGCUUCUCCGUUGAUUACAUCAGAGGAGCAACUUGUUAUUGAAACUUCAUCCUCUCAGGCUGAACUUGUUGACCUUUCUGCACCCUUUCAAAGAUCAUCAACCCCUGUGAUUUCUAAUGUAUCUCCCCUACCAACUGUCCCCCAGUACACACCUGGUAUAUCUAGUGUGGUGUCAACAGCUCCUCCUGUUCCCCCUAAACCAAAUAUUUUGCGCAGAGCUAAUUCUCAGGAAAAGGGAGAAGAACCUGUUUCAACACCCCAGCCUCCUCCUACUCCACCAAAGCCUACAGUUUUUCCCAGGAAAGCUCCAGUUCCACUCCCACCACAGGCUUCAGUAUGUAUCAACAAAUCAGAGUCAGUGGCUAUAACUUCACCCCAAGGAUCACCUGUAAGACAAGCUGUCACUCCAACAUACAAACCUCAUAUUCCACCCCCUGUUCCUCCAAAGCCAGCCAUAUCUGUUGUGGACAGCCACAGACCAGGACAUGGUGUCAAACCACCAAUUGCACCUAAGCCUGGUUCACAACCAUCUUCACCUGCUCAUGCCCCUCAUCCAACAAGACCUACUGUUCUUCCCACUUGCGGUAAUGACUCAAUCCUUAAUUUGAGUCCCUCUACAGAGAACAAGACAUUUCAACCUUCGUCAAAGUCUCCUUCUUCCCCAAGAUAUGCCAGCAAUCUUCGUGACACGUAUGUAGUCAUCACACUGCCAUCCCAGCCUAGUUCUCCAGUUGAGGGUGUCACAACUCAAGCCCCCUCUGGCCCUGGACCAGCAUCUCCUUCACAGCAAACUCAUGAGGAGAGUUAUUAUCAACCACACCCUCAAAACUCGUAUUCACAGAUACAUCAACCGACUCCUCCCCCUCAGACCACCAGGGUGCCUCUGGCAUACACACGUGUCACAGAGUCUAUUGAAAAACAAGAGAUUUGUAGCCCAGAAAAACAUGUUUCUAGUUCUUGUCACAUAAUCGAAGCGAUAUCUGCCUCAGCAAAGCCAUCUGUUAUGCCUAACCUCAUAUCUCAAGUUGUUACAACUGAACUUCAAAGAACCACUGUUUCUGUUGUCCAUGAAAGAACACCACCUCCGGUGCCAGCUCCACGGGCAACUGGCAUUCCACUGUCGAUGGAGAAACCUAAGCCUCAGAUACUAGCACAGACUGAAACAACCUCGUUACCAUCUGAGGUGGUAGAUCUUAGAACUGUAAAGGUCGAUUCAGAAAUGAAUAUGACUGGUGUUGAUCUGUCCACUGGCCCUGAUUCAAGACGCCAGUCUUUUGUGAGUGAUGUCAGUCGUCACACCAGUGCAGUUCAGUCACCUGUGGUCAACCUCAGCACUGAAUCAUCCACUGUUUCUAUAGUGACUGACAGUAUUACUAUUGUGACCUGUUCCGCAACAAUCCAGCAAUGUGAAAAUGUAGAGUUUCCUCAAGCCUCCUCAGUGCCCCUUCAACUAACCAAAAACAAGGUAUAUGAACCUCUAUCUCAAAUUAUCUAUCGACCAGUUGAGUCUCAACCAUCUGCUCUUACUACUACAGAAAUUCCAAUUAACCUCUCAGUGGGAUCAAAUGCCGGUACAGGAGGUUUCCAAGCUACGCCAAUCACUGUUGGACCUUCUUCUAUUGCAACCUGUGUUGCCAAUGGAUUAACUACAGGAAGAACAACAGUGGCAGGAGCAGUUGAUCUUAGUACUACAAAACCUUUUAAUACUGUGGUGUCAGUUGAUGUGACUUCUGCGGAUGUCGUUACAACUGUAAUCACAGAUGAUGGAAAACCGGUUGAUCUGACAGCAGGAAAGAGAGCCGUGUGCUGUGAUGUUGUGUACAAGCUACCGUUUGCAGGAAGUUGUGCCACUCAGCAGCCUACCACGCCUCUGCCUGAAGAUCGUUUUGGAUAUCGUGAUGACCAUUAUCAAUUUGACAGAACACCUUAUGGCAUGAGAGGGUUUAGUGGGAUUAAACCCUCGAUGUCAGACACCAAUCUUGCAGAAGCUGGGCUUUUUAUGUACAAGAGUAAGAACAGUUAUAAUUUCAGUGUCACAACAGAGGGAGCAGUAGAUCUCACAUCAGCAAAGAUAUCAGAUGCAGGUGAAGCAGUUGAUUACUCCAAGAAAGGAAGCUAUGCAGGAAUGAUAAUCCCUCCAUAUUCCAAUUCAAGUGCCACAAUCUCUGUUAGUUCACUUUAUGGCACCACCAGUGUUUUAAGGUCAUCGAAUGGAGUGGUCUAUUCCUCUGUUGCAGCACCAAUUCCAUCAACAUAUGCAAUUACUACCCAGCCAGGAUCCAUAUUUAGUACAACAUACAAUACCUUUUCAGGCAUGCACACGAGUGACACCAUGCCUUCUCUGUCCAAUCUCCAGAAUUUACCACUCACCAGAUCUCAAAGUUUUCUCUCAACUAUUUCCACAACAGAAGAACAAGGAGAUGCUCCUCUUAAUCUGGAGAUCUCUAAAGGAGGUAUUACUCCUGCCAAUGGUAGGCCUGCAAUGACAUCUUUAUCCCUUGACACAUAUACAGAUGCAUCUUUGGAGGCUAUAGCUGCUUCACUAGAAGCACUGUCUUCUCCAAUGGUUCCUGGAGAUGGCCAGUACCAGGUAGAGCGAGAGAGGCUAGAAAUGGAAAAGCUAAAACAGCAACGCUUGGCUGAGGAAUUAGAAUGGGAGCGGCAGGAGAUUCAGAGAUUCCGUGAACAAGAACAGUUCCUGGUACAGAAAGAAUUAGAAGAGUUACAGGCCAUGAAGCAGCAGAUUCUGACUCAACAAGAGGAGGAAAGGCAAGCACAUCUUAUGAUGCAAAAAGAAACUUAUGCCCAGCAACAGCAGCAACUUGAGCAAAUACAAAGACUUCAAGAACAGUUGCGUUUACAGCUAGAGGAGCAAAAGCUCCGUCAGAUGUAUCCAGGUGCUGACAUCCCAGGACAUGGUGUGCAGGAGGCCAUUGUUUUAGGACCAGAUGGCACAGUACUUUCUCGAAAAAUUACUGAUAGCGGAUGUCAGACUGAUGAGGAGGACGAAGCAUUAAGCAAGGCUUACACAUCAGGGAGAAAAAAGAAGAGUGUUAAAAAGAGUGUUGAUAGUUGUGUGCAGACUGAUGAUGAGGAUCAAGAGGAAUGGGAGGCCCAGAAAAGCCGACAAAGUCGCCCCCGUACUUCCAGAGGUGAUAGGGGUGGGCAGUCAGAGAUGUCUCUUCAAGCCCACACUGAAAUUUCUAUACAAACUGACACAGAUGGGAAUAUUAGAAUGGACACAAGAAUGGAGCUGUCAGACUCAGAAAGGACCUCACCAAAGAAACGCCCCACUCCCUUAGAAAUAGCUCAGUCUGCAAACCUCAAACCUGAAUUUUCUUCCCUUCAAGCUCACCCCAAAUCUCCCAAAGUACUUUAUUCUCCUGUAUCUCCAUGUAUAUCACCUAGCAAAUCCCUUGAGUUUGUGUCUUAUGAUAAGUCCCUAGGUGAUACAAGCCCACAAAAGCUAAGAGAAAGUAUAGACCCAUUAAAAUCCUCUCCAGCAAGUCCUCGAGGAGCCAAAACCAUACAGCGAUCCAUGUCUGACCCAAAACCUAUGAGUCCAACAGGAGAAGAAAGAGCAACAUCUGGCACCCAGUUUGGUGAUGGCCAUCAGGGUAAAGGAUCCAGUGUUACACCCACGGGUACUCAAAAGAAGGUGAAAAGGACUCUUCCCAACCCUCCGUCUGAAGAAGAUUCAACAACAAGUGGACAGACAGCAUAUACCACCAACUCUGCCCGUCGAAGAAUGUGCCGCAAUUCUAACAUGGCACGUGCAAAGAUCCUACAAGACAUUGAUCGGGAGCUGGAUCUGGUCGAACGAGAGUCUUCUAAGCUUCGCAAAAGACAGGCAGAACUAGAUGAAGAAGAGAAAGAAAUUGAUGCUAAGCUUAGGUAUUUGGAGAUGGGAAUUAAUCGGAGAAAAGAUGCUCUUUUAAAGGAAAGAGAGAAAAGGGAAAGGGCCUACUUGCAGAGUGUUGCAGAGGAUAGAGAUUACAUGUCUGACAGUGAGGUUAGUAACAUUCGAGAGACUAGAAGUGUUAGAGAAGGUGGCGAGGAUGAAGACAUUGAGGAUCACGGUCUGGAGCGUCCCAGGACUGCUCCUCACUCAGAACUUGAUGACUUUGUUCCUCCACAAACGAAGCAUGACUAUGGAAAAUAUUCUCUGUACCAAUAUCCUCAAAGUCAAUACCAGCACUCUAUCUAUCAGACCCCUCAAUCCUACCAGUCUCACUCUCUUUACUCCUCUGUUCCUUCACUUACUACUGCCCAACAGCAGAGUUACCAGCAGAUGCUUUUGUUGCAGCAGAAAGCUGCCAGACAAGCUGCCCUUCUAUCAGAGCUUGAUGCAACUAAAUAUGAUGUUAUUAGUCGUCAGCCUGAUCCCACGCCAUCAGCUUAUCUUGGCGUUAAGUACGAUAAAUAUGGUAACCAUUUAGAUCUUAGAGCCCUGGAAGUAGGAAGUAUAGCAGGUAGCCCAAUGUCAGCUGUUUCUGAUUCAUACUACACAGAGGUAGAACACCACACACCUCAAAGUUACAUGCUGUUGGAAGAUGCUGCAGAGCUUGCAAAGACCUCCACAGGUCUUUCUUCCUCUUAUAGCCUUGCUGAGAGGGAGCUGGCAAAGGCAGAAAAGCUUUUACGUAGAAGUGCUGCAGAUCUUGGGUCUACUGAUUAUCUAGGCUCCACUUCCAGACUGCAUACUUUUGGAAAGACACCCGAUGAAGAGGAUACAAUGGAGGAACCCUAUGAAUUAAAGCUUCUGAAGCAGCAGCUCAAGCAGGAGUUUAGAAGAAGUACAGGUGGAACAGAAAACUUAGAACAACUGACUGGGCUCUCCCAACACUACUACACUCCAAGCUCUGGUGUUUCUAGUUACUCCCAAAGACAUUAUCCAAAGUCAGAAAAAUACAGCAUCAGUCGUCUUACUCUUGAGAAACAGGCAGCAAAACAACUACCAGCAUCAGUGUUGUACCAGAAACACAAAACCCCACUGAUAGAUCCAAAACUCUCUUCCAAAUAUGCCUCUAUUACAGACAGCAGGGGUUUGGAAACAGAUUAUAACUAUCUGGGAUCUACCAGUGCAUCUCCAAGAUCCAGUAGGCUUAUGCAGGAUGAGAUUACAUUUGGCCUUCGUAAGAAUAUUGCAGAGCAACAAAAGUAUCUUGGGUCUACCUUGGGAGCCAAUUUAGCUGGCUCCCUAAAUUUGGGCCAGAGCUUGGGCUUGGACUCUGCUUAUCCUAGUGGUAGUCGAUCGAGACCCUCAUCCAGACCUACAUCCUGCUAUGGCCUGGAUUUGUCAAUCAAAAGAGACCUCUCAAGUUCUUCAUUGAGGCUUAAAGGAGAUGGAGAAUCAUCAGUAGAUAGUCUGAGUUAUCAAACCCCCUCUGGUCGCACCAAACCCACUAGCCUUCCAAUUGUGCAAAGUGGCCGUGGUCGAAUACCUAUUGUGGCACAGAACUCAGAGGAGGAGAGUCCAUUGAGUCCUGUUGGACAACCAAUGGGCAUGGCUCGUGCAUCAGCUGGGCCUCUUCCACCUAUCUCAGCUGAUUCAAGGGACCAGUUUGGUUCAUGCAUGUCCCUACAAGAUUCCCAGCCGCAGCAACAUAUGAGAGAAGAGCCGACAAGGGGUAGGAGUUAUGUACUGCUGGAUGAUCUUCAAGGCACAAUGUCUGAUAGUGAAGCUCUUUGUGAUUCCCUGAUGGCUUUGAACAGAGACGGUGCAGCUAAUGCUUAUCAUCUCAGACGAGAAGAGACAGACUGGUUUGACAAACCAAGAGAUGGACGGCCAGAGAACGGACAGGAAAAGAGACAGCAGGGAAAAGGGCCAUACUAUCCAUUCCCUCACCUCAGGGUCAAACUGCAGAGGGAUCUCAAAGACCGCAGUGUCACAGGAAAUGGUUUGGGUAUCCGUGUGGUUGGAGGGAAGGAAGUUCCAGGUGGGAAGGGAGACAUUGGUGCCUAUGUUGCCAAAGUCCUACCUGGUGGAGCUGCAGAACAAACAGGAAAAAUUCUUGAAGGAAUGCAAGUCUUGGAGUGGAACGGUGUUUCUCUGACAGGGAAAACGUACGAGGAAGUUCAAGGAUUGGUUGGACAGCUAUGUAAUGAGGCAGAAGUGUGUGUUAGACUUGAUCUUAAUAUGCUGUCUGAGUCUGAGGAAUCCCAGCACCUUGAUUUACAGGAGCACAGCAAAGGGGAAAAACCUCCCAGGUCUCCAGGCGUAGAUCCCAAACAGCUAGCAGCCGAGCUGCAGAAAGUGUCACAGCAGCAGGGUCCCAUGUCUGCAUCCUCUUCCAGCCUGGCAGCGCCAACCUCAGCGACAUCUAGCCCCGGUCAGCCUGGAUCCCCUUCUGUCAGCAAGAAACGCCACACCAGCAAGACUACAGAGGGAUCCAAAGCGCACUCUCAUCCCAUCUCUGGAGAGAUACAGCUUCAGAUUCACUAUGAUAAGCAGCUGGGCAACUUGAUAGUUCAUGUCCUGCAAGCCAGAAACCUCGCACCGCGGGAUAACAACGGCUACUCGGAUCCAUUUGUAAAAGUGUAUCUGCUACCAGGGAGAGGUCAGGUCAUGGUUGUCCAGAAUGCCAGUGCUGAAAACAAGAGAAAAACCAAACAUGCAGGCAAGAGCCUCAAUCCUGAGUGGAACCAGACAGUCAUCUAUAAAAACAUCCAUCUGGAGCAGCUGAGAAAGAAGACUCUGGAAGUAAGCGUUUGGGACUAUGAUAAGGGCUCUUCUAAUGAUUUCUUAGGGGAGGUCCUUAUAGAUCUGUCAAACACAGCCCAGUUGGACAACAUUCCUCGAUGGCUUCCACUUAAAGAGCAAAGCGAAGGAGACCACCACAGACGUUCCCACUCAGGCCAGGGCCGUCAUGGUUCCUCUAAACCCUCCUCGCAGCAUUCGUCCCCUAAAAUCACUGGCUCUGCACAUGAUGGUCAGGAUUCCCCCAAAUCAUCUGUCACCAAGAGCCGAAGCCAUGGGAUCUUCCCAGAUCCAGCCAAGGACACACAGGUGCCCACAAUCGAGAAAUCCCACAGUAGUCCUGGCACAUCGAAGCCUUCCUCAUCCGGGGGCCAGAGCCAAAGCCCCAGCCAUGGACACAGCCAGCACUCUCGCUCUCAUGGCGCUUCACGCUCCAGCAAAAGUGCUGCAAAGCAGCACCAUCAGGACAACAACACUGGAAGCAGCGGAUCUGCUGCUCAGCAGCCACCACAGCGCCUCCCACCAAGACAAAGAAGCCACUUCUUGCUAAGGCACCAGAGACACAGCGUAGUGGGUGUGCUCACCAUUCAGAGAGCCCAGUCUGACUGGCUGCCUGCCCUGCCAUCAACCAUGACGGCCAAUGCGAGCAGAGCAGACGGCAGACUCCUGAGCCUCAGGAAAGCCAUGUCAGAGGAGAGGCCGCAGAGCAUCGGAGCUCGGUCGAGCUACAGAUCCAGCGAUGCCCCAGUUACUGCGGCCUCAUUAGACAGUGGCCUGAGCGGUAGUGCUUACAGCCUUUUGGACGAAGAAGGGGAGACAAAUGAAGUGGACAGUGCUAUCUUCCAGGUUCCUCGAUUUGGGAAGAUCCCAAACGGCACUGAUGUGGUCAAAUCAUCAACGGGACACAGUGAUGGUGAAGGAAAGACUCAAGUAAUGGGAGAGAUCAAGAUCGCUCUGAAGAGGGAGAUGAGAACGGAGGGGGAGCAGCUGGUUCUGGAGAUUCUUCAGUGUCGCAACAUCACCUACAAGUUUAAGUCUCCAGACCACCUACCAGACCUUUAUGUGAAGCUCUAUGUGGUGAACAUUGCCACUCAAAAAAGGAUCAUCAAGAAGAAGACGAGAGUGUGCCGUCAUGACCGUGAGCCAUCGUUCAACGAAACGUUCCGUUUCUGUAUGAACCCAACAGGACACUCAUUACAGCUUUUCCUUGUGUCAAACGGUGGAAAGUUCAUGAAGAAAACGCUGAUCGGAGAGGCCUAUGUGUGGUUGGACAAAAUCGACUUACGCAAACGAGUCGUGAGUUGGCACAAGCUGCUGGCUAGCACGGCUCAGAUCCACUCAUAGGGGGACAAGAAAAGAGAAAUAUGAUGGGUUUGUGACUUCAGUGGGAACUUAGCUCUGCAUCUGAGAAACUGGUCCUGUUUGGGUGAAGGGUGACGCAAGCUCAAGAGGAGGCAAAAGCUCGUCAUCUUAUCUGUUUUUUUGGACUUAGGGGACUUUUUGUUCAGAUGCUGUCAGCAUAAAGACCUUGGAUUCACGUUUACAUGAAAAUAAACAUGUUUACAGCAAGAAGGGUCCAUUAUAAUGUAUCCAGGAAGAGACGCAAACACACAGGUGUUGAGGUCAGCAGCUCAACCAGGUAUUACAUGCCUUCAUUCACAAACACACUCAUGCACAUGGUUACUUUGCACAGGAUCAUUUCCACAGAGGAAGACCCUUAAUUCUAAUGUAGAGAUACAGGGAACAGACACAUUUCUAGAUGUUAGUUUAUUUAAAUGCUUUAUCCAAUGAUGAUUCUAUUUCAGCACUUAUUGCUUAAUUCAGAAUUUUAUUAAAUUUAAAACAUUAUAGAAAUGACAGAGAAAGAUCUGCCACAGAAACAUAUAAUUUAUUUUUCUAUUAUAUUAGCAUAGAAGUCUAUUAUUUAUCUCAGUUAUUUAUCAGAUAUUUUAAAAAUCCUUGUUUGGAAGGAAGCAUAUUUUCCAACACACUACCUAUCUACAGUAGCAGACCAGAUCAUUGAAGAAAAAAGCUUGUUAUAAAUUUUAUAAAUUAAUGAACUACUGAACUUUGCCUCCUUUUUAAGAUAAUAUAUCACUGAAAUUGUUUAAGAAUUAACUCAGACUUAUACAAAAUUGAAUACCACACAAUAUAUUGUGCACAUGAGUCUAUUCAGCAUGCAGCACUUCAUGUUUCACCACUAAACAUCACCUCUGAGACCCACUUUGUAAAUAGAAAGUCUUAUUUGGAGAUAAAAAUAAAUAGAUACUUUAUCACAGACAAUCAAGUCUUGACUAUUGUGACAUAAAGGUUUUAUUUAUCCAUGAUCCCCCUGUAGAAUGUACGACAUAGACCACACUGAGAUUUCCUGUUUUUGCUUUGUAAGUUCCAGACAUGUUAUGAAUCUUAAAGUGCUGGGAAAUGCAUUAGUUGUCCACACAUUUCUUCUGUUUUUGCUUUUUUGUCAGACUUAAAUGUUUCAUGACUUGAAACUAUUUUGAAAUCAAACUUCAUAAAAUCUAACCUUCUAAAAGAAGCUAAAUGCAGUAUGGAUAUUUAGGAAGAUUUAGCUAAAGGAAGGGCAUGUGACCUCAAAGCCACACAUUGCAUACUAUAGGGGGCCUGAAACUUCUUUUCAUGUCAUGUAAAGAUGAAGCUAAUGCUAUAUUUUCUAGUUUCAUCUUGAACUUAAAGGUAUAGUGGAUGAUUAUCACGAUUUUUUGAAAAGACCCACCCUCUCCACUAAAAAAAAAAAAUGCACAUGCACAACCCCGUACCUGCUCCCGAAAGGGAACCCCUAUUAAAUUUGCGAGAGCAUGCACAAGCCCAUUUCUCCUCGUGCACGCUCUAUUUAAAAGUUGCUGUUUGCAUCACUCAUGUAAGCUUACUUUCCAAAAGAUUUGCAAUUUUCCCACUGUCAGACUCACCACGGGUAAGAGGAGAUGGGGACGAGCUCGUAGGACGGCCUUAGGUAAACAUAUCACCACUUAUUUUGAUGAUCCACCCGGAAAAAGAACAUCCUUCACUAUACCUUUAAGGUAAUAAACUGAUGGCCGGACAAUCGCUUUCAGGGUUUUCUAGUAAAGGGCAGAAUAAAAAUCACAGUAGGUCAUUAAAUAAAGAGAAAAAAUUAUCCACACUAUGACAGAUGGUGUAAUAUGUAUUUUUUUUCUUGUUAGUCAUAUGAGAUUUUCCAAGAAAUAUUUGGGAUCAUUUGUUUUAUUCUGGUCACCAAUGAUUCUAGUGUCUGAACUCUGUUAUAAACGCCAUUUUUGCCGAUUGUUAGUGGGUCAAUCAUGAACACAUGACUAAUGCCUCAGAUGACGUUUUAGGUUUUCUCCUGGGUAUCAAUCGCCUCUGUAUGUCAUGCUGUCAGACAUGUCCUACACAUAUUCUACACAUAUGACAGUGGUCAGUAAUUCAAAUCAGUAUUGGAAAAUUAUACUUUUCACUUUAUUGGUUUACUGUCUUAUGAUGUUUGAUGAUCUGAAGCAUCUAUUUGCAAAGAAAAGCAAAAACAGAAGAGUUCUGUAGGAGAGCAAAUACUAUAUUCCUGCAUCAUAUCAGUCUUCUACAUUGGGCUUGCUUCAGUUUUAUGGCCAGCAGUCUUAAAAACAUACUUUUGUGGUAUUUUGCACUUUUUUUCUGCUCAGAAUGUAGAAAUGGAUUGGUUUUAACUGUGAAAAUGCUGAGGCAGAUUUGAGGUACAAUAAUACAAGUAAAAGCACUAUUAACAUCCUAAGUUUACUGCUGUAAUAUUGCUGCUUUGAUGUGCUGUCAUUUUGAGAGUUAAACUCCACAUUGUUAUCUUUAAAGUCUUCUAUAUCAUUACACUUUAAGAUAGUUUUGGUUUGUGGUUGUCAAGAGGUAGUUUUACAGGUUUAUUCAAUACCAUCAGCUGAAACAAAUAGUAAAACUAACAUAUUAGUGAUUUCUAUGCAACAUCUACCAUAAAGAGUGAAGGAACUGCAUACAACCUUGCCAGUAAGUCACUAUGUCCCAAUUUGCACUGCUGCAUCCUCCACAAAUGGUUUCUACUUUACUUUUAUUUUAUUUUUACCUUGUGAUUUUUGUAAUGCUGUACAGAUGUGUAUUUAUUUAUUGCCUGUGAGAGAGUGUCAUAUUGAGUUCUACUGCAUUGGUUUACAGUACAUAUGAAAUGUACAUAAUAAUGUUUUUUUACACAACGUAGAGGUUGUUUACAAUAUCAGGAUGACCUGAAACUCAGAGAUAUUACGUUAUGUGGAGAAAUCAAAGUCAAAAAAGAAAGAAUACAUCCAGUGUCUGCACCUACCCUUUGAUUAUCUUGAUUUACAGGAUGCAUAUCAUAAAUUACCAAAAGACUGUAAAAGAUUGUAAUUAAUAGACAUUGCACUGGAAGUGGCAGUAGUUUUAAGGUCUCUCUCUGUAAGUUUGGUUUUGUUUUUCAUCAUUUUUUCUUAAUUUGAUCUUCAUGUGCUUGUGUGUAGCAUGUCAUUUGGCCUGAUGCAAAAAGUAUUCUGCUUUUUAGUGUUUUCACUCAAAAACCGACUGUAACACAAUUCCACAUUUCACUAACAGAUUUAAACACAGAGGCUAUCUCCCUGUUUUUAGCAGUGUAAAUAUAUAGUUUAAUUUUUAUAGAUAUAUACCUACAAAUAUAUCCAUAAUUGGGAUUGAGGAGUAAAAGAAGUUUUAGCAGACAUAACAAGGAGAAAUGUAUUUUUUUUUUCAAUCAGUGUGCAGUGGAUAGACUGUAUAAAGGAUGUUUUGUCUGGUUAUAGAGGCCCGGAUUAACCAAGCCCUUCACACAGGACACUAAAAGGUUACCAGUCUUAACACAGAAGUCUUAUUGUGACGACUCGAGUUAGUUGCAGAAGAAUAUAAAUAUGCUCACUGGAUGUUGCAUGUUCUGUUGGUGGUUCCUAAUAUUUUUGUGUCCAGAUAUUAUUACUAAACUGAGAAAGGAGUUAUAGAGUGGUAUAUGUGAUAGUGGAGGAGGAAGUAAUGGAGAAGUACAAAUUAUUGAAAAAUGUAUGCUGACUGUACAAAGAUUAUGCUUGUAAAACUUGUCUGUUUUUUUCACUUGUAAGUAAACAGAAAAAAAUAAAAUGUCAUGGUUUUGUGAUUGUAUACAGGAGGUAAUGAUAAAUUAUGCAAAAUGUGCUGUAAAAAUGGCUAUUGCCCCAUGUCUAAAUAUUAAAUAU